AUGGGCAACACCAUAUCCUACGAAACCACCCCCACGACUCUCUCGUUGGGCUUGAAAGGCAGUGUAAAAGGUCUUCAAUUUUCGAACAAGUCGAUUCGAUUCGCUGGUGUGCCCUAUGCGUUGCCUCCGACUGGAGAGUAUCGAUGGCGGAAACCGAGACCUCUGCCGGAAUCACACCAGUACGAUGAGUUUGAUGCUACAGAGUUCAAGAAUCCAUGCUGGCAGAAGCUGUUUGGCAAGGUAGCCAAGGCGGAGGGGACGGAAGCGCAGUAUUCUGAGGAUUGUUUGUUGCUGAAUAUCUGGACGCCGGCGUUGAAGGAUGGGGAGACGUUGGAGGGGAGGAAGUUGCCUGUGGUGCUAUGGCUCCAUGGCGGCUGGUUUCAAAUGGGCGACCCAUCCCAAGAACCCGGGAUGGAUCCCAUCGAACUCAUCUCGACCGGCGGCCUCAACGCCAUCUUCAUAGCCAUAGGCUACCGGCUCAACAUCUUCGGCUUCCUCGCAGGCUCGGCUCUUCUAGAAGACAGCGACGGCGCAGCAGCCGGUAACUGCGGCCUCUGGGACCAACGUCUCGCCAUGGAGUGGGUGCAGGAAAACAUCCAGCACUUCGGCGGCGACCCCAACAACAUCGUCCUCGGCGGACGGAGUGGGGGCGCAUACGGCGUCGAAGCGCAAGUCCUCCACGAGAUGCGGAAUCCCGCCUGCGAGAACCUCAUCAAGAAAUUCUACAUGCUCUCCAACGCCAUCCCGGCCCAACCCAAAACCGUCGCAGAGACCGAAUCCCAAUUCGACGAAGUCUGCACAUACUUCAACCUCCCUGCAUCCCUCCCCGCGAAAGAGAAACUCGCCCGUCUGCGCCAUAUCCCCGCCAAAGACCUCGUCGACGCCCUCGAGAGAAUGAAGAACCAUACCUUCCGCCCCGUCACGGAUGACCUCUUCAUCCACUCCAACCUAAUCGAGUUCCUCACCUCCGGCAGAUUCGCGAAGACGUUCAAAGACCGCGGGAUGAAACUCCUCAUCGGCGAAGUCCUCAACGAAGAAAGCCUCUACGCGGAAUACAACUCCCCGGAACAACCCAUCCUCUCCGCCCUCCAACACCAACUCGAGAAUUACUACGCCCCGUCGACGGUGGAGCGCAUAUUACCUUCAUCCACCCUCCCCUCCUCCUCCUCCCUCCAACCCUGGAAGUCCCUCUACGGCACCAUCGCGGCAGACGGCCAAGUCCGCGCACCCUCUCGCUUCCUGGCCAAAAAGCUCUUCGAGAACGGCGUGGGUGUCGACGACGUCUGGAGGUAUUUAAUUGCGUAUCGGAUGGGGUUUAUCGAUGAGAGCGUCGCGCCGGGGGAGUUUGGGGUGGCGCAUGCGAUGGAUAAGCCGUUUUGGAACUUUUCGAUAACGCACGGUCCGAGCGCUGAGGAGAGGGCGUUGAUGGAGGAGUGGAUUGAAAUUCUGGUGGCGUUCGUGCACGGAGAUGAAGAAUAUGAGUUUGGGACGAAGAGGGUGGAUGAGGUUAAAGUCGCCACGCCGGAGAAGAAAAUCGAGAUUUGGAAGGAUGAGAGAUGGGAGGAUCUGAGUAAAUUGGGCGGUGUGUUCGCGAGUGCGUGA